AUGACGAAGCCUGGUACCCACAAGAAGGACGUCAAAUUUCAGCAUCGCGAACGCCGACUCAGCUCCAGCAGAAGCGACAUGUCGGAAUCACAUUACGAAUCGCCAAACGACGAACGCAGCUCGUCAAGAAGCACGGGAGCUAAGAGUCCCACGCGCCACGGCCUUCACUCCAGGCAUGAAAGACCCUCGAGGAUUGAGCGGACAGACACCACCGCCAGCGGCUGRGCAACGGAGAAUGAGGACGAAAAGCCCAAGGUAGAUGUCUCGGAGUAUGAGAAGAAGAAGCAGUCCUUCAUCACCCGUGCCAUCUGGACUUUUGCCAUGAUUGGUAUCUUCUUCGGUUCCAUGUUCGCUGGACACAUUUAUGUGAUAAUUAUUGUCACCGCCGUCCAAAUCAUUUCCUUCAAAGAGGUCAUUGCCAUUUCAAACGUUCCCAGCAGGGCCCGUUCAUUGCGAUUCACCAAAACGUUGAAUUGGUACUUUCUCGGCACGACCAUGUACUUUCUCUAUGGAGAGAGCGUCAUUUACUACUUUAAGCACAUUGUGCUGAUUGAUCGUGUGUUGUUGCCAUUCGCGACACACCACCGAUUCAUCAGCUUCAUGCUCUAUGUCAUGGGCUUUGUCUUCUUCGUGGGCUCCCUUCAAAAGGGUCACUACAAGUUUCAGUUCACCCAAUUCGCCUGGACACACAUGGCUCUUUAUCUCAUUGUCGUGCAAGCACACUUUAUCAUGAACAACAUCUUUGAGGGAAUGAUCUGGUUCUUCCUCCCCGUCAGUUUGGUUAUCAUCAACGAUAUCUUUGCGUAUAUCUGCGGCAUCACCUUUGGCAAAACACAGCUCAUCAAGCUGUCACCUAAGAAGACUGUUGAAGGCUUUGUUGGAGCGUGGAUUUGCACAAUCUUGAUGGGUUUCUUCUUCACCAACAUCCUCAUGCGCAGCACCUACUUUACCUGCCCUGUUAAUGACCUCGGCGCCAACAUCACUACUGGACUCAACUGCACCCCGAAUCCGGUCUUCAUUCCGCAACGCUAUACCCUUCCAUUCGUUCCGCACGACUGGACCUUCCUCCCGACAUCCUUCAGCAUCUCGCCCAUGCAAUUCCAUAUCCUCGCCAUGGCGUCUUUUGCAUCCUUGAUUGCUCCAUUUGGUGGCUUCUUCGCAUCAGGUCUCAAGCGAACAUUCAACAUCAAGGACUUUGGUGACUCCAUCCCGGGACAUGGAGGCAUGACCGACAGAAUGGACUGCCAGUUCAUCAUGGGUUUCUUCGCCUUUAUGUAUUACCAAUCCUUCAUCGCCGUACAUCACGCAAGUGUGGGAAGUGUGAUUGAGACCGCAAUCACGGCGUUGAGCGCCGAGGAGCAGGUGGCGGUUGUGAAGGGUUUGGCGCAACAUUUGUACAACCAAGGAGUGGUCAAGCACAAAGUUUUGGAGUAUUUGAGUGAGAAUGUGCAGGCGUGA